ACCCCGAACAACCACCCUGGGAGCCCCAAGUGGAUUUCCGAACCGAGAUCUUUCGGUUCCAGACGAUUUAUGGAGCGGAACCCAGUGAGGAGGUGGAUCAGGCUUGGACUGCCAUGAUUCCUAAAGGCAAAGGCUUCAUCCUCCUCCCCAACGAGACAUCCGAAGCAUUACCAGACCUCCCGCGGCUAAAUAAAACCAACAAGCAACAACACGCCAUGAUUUCUGUUUUUCAUCAACUACACUGUCUCUACAUGACCCGCGCCGGCUACUUUGCCGCCAAAUCCGGCAACUUGGACGAAGUCAACACCCCUCAUCUGACACACUGCUGGGACUACCUCCGGCAGGGCAUCAUGUGCAAUGCCGACACCACUCUCGAAUGGAUCACGUACCCCGACGAGAGUGGGAGCACGGGGUGGGGAUAUCAGCAUACGUGCAAAGACUUUGGGGCUGUGUUUGAGUGGGCUGAGCGUCAUCGGUUUAGGGAGUGGAAGGUUAUUCAUUAGUUUGGUUCAUGUAGAUAUCUACCAGAAGAUGAAGAUAGGGGUGGAAAUGGAUUGAUAGAGGUGUCGAUGGGAGCAAAGGUAGAGUAGUAGGGUCGAGGUUGGGUUCAGGUGGGUGGGUUGGUACCUGCCAAGACGGUUGAGGUUGGAAUAAUGGUGGGGUUGCGAUGAGGGAUACACCUACACCCGACCACAUGGGUUGGCUGGCCUGGUGGGUAGUACGAUCGAUCGUAUAUGUGGUGUUAAGUUAGUUGCGGGAGGGAACACGCAGCGGGGUUUGUCUCUUCCCUUGGGUACCUCUAGCUAUGUUUCGAAAGAAAAUGAAUAUACAAAGUAAGUAGGAUACUAUUCUAAUAGCUUACCUCCA